AUGUGUGUUGGUGGGCCCUUCUCGGCUCUCGUCGGCUGGCCCACCACUCCUGGUGCCGUGUACCAUAGCCACGACAUGUUUCAAAAAUUCUGGCCUCGUAUUCACUCUGAUAAUUCCUCUGUUCUUGAGCAAGGAAAACAGAGGCGGGUUGCAGAGGAGCAAGUUGGCCUGGUGCGUUGGCAGCCCCCGGCAGAGAAUUCCAUUAAAGCUAACUUUGAUGGGGCGGUAUUCGGGGAGGAGCAAGAAGCCGGUAUCGGGGUGGUGCUUCGCGAUUGUGAAGGGCAGGUGCUGGCGGCAUUGUCGAAAAAGGUUAGGCUGCCAGCAAUAGUUGAGGUCCUCGAGAUGAUGGCGGCACUAAGAGCAGCUCUGUUUGCAAGGGAGCUAGGCUUUAGCCGAGUCUGUUUUGAAGGGGAUGCGGAGUUAGUGGUGAAAUGCUUGCAGUCGAGGUCGGCUUCAAAUGCAUUGACAGGCCACUUAGUAAAAGACUUUAUGUCUAUAAGGGGGUAUUUUCAGUCCUCCUCUAUCAUCCAUGUAAGGCGGCAGGGCAAUCAUGUAGCCCAUGCGCUAGCUAGGGAUGCUAGGUUUUCUUUUCCUUUAAGAGUUUGGAUGGAGGAAGUGCCUCCAAAUGUUUUCAGCUUUGUUGUUAAAGAUUUGCAGUAG